GUCUUAACUGGUGGCAGGCACAGUCCAUUGUGAAGUGAGCAAGAGAAGCCAGGACAGCUGUAUGUGUGAGGCUUCAUUUGGGUUCAUAAACCUAAUGAGGAAAAUGAUUUGGUGUUUAAAGUUCUUUGCUAUGGCAAUUGUUUUUUUUGUUGACCUCUGCAGCUCUGCACCUGAUAGCUGUUUGGAAGAGAGACAAAGGCUGAAAUCCCAGGUGAAGAUACUUGAAAACCGUGUCAUGGUGCAGCAACAACUAAUCCAGGAGCUCCGCAAUGGAAAUACAAUCUCACUGCACGAACGAGCGGAUGAGAACAUUGAUCUGGGUGCUAGAACACAGUAUGCAGAUUGUGCAGAGAUCUACAAUGAUGGGAAUAGAAAGAGUGGGAUUUACAAGAUUCAUCCCCUCAAAUCCCCCUCUGAGUUCCAGGUUUACUGUGACAUGACUGAAGGAGGGGGGUGGACAGUCAUCCAGAGAAGAACCAAUGGCAAUGAAAACUUUGAAAGGGCCUGGAGUGACUACAAGGAUGGAUUUGGAAACGUGCAUGGAGAAUCCUGGCUGGGAAAUGACAAACUACAUUACAUAACUUCACAAAAAAACUACAUUUUGAAAAUCAAUUUGGCAGACUUUGAAGGAGAACAGCGCUCAGCCCGUUACAAAGAGUUUAAAGUUGGAGAUGAAGAGAGUUCAUACCAGCUCAGUUUCGGUCAAUACUCUGGCACGGCAGGAGAUGCACUAUCUGGGAGCUAUCACCCAGAAGUCCAAUGGUGGGCCAGUCACAAUGGAAUGAAGUUCAGCACAUACGACAGGGACAAUGACCGCUAUGAGGGCAACUGUGCCAUAGAGGACAAGGCCGGCUGGUGGUUCAACAGAUGUCACUCUGCCAACCUGAAUGGCUACUACUACAAGGGACCUUACACUGCGAAGACUGACAAUGGGAUUAUUUGGUACACAUGGCAUGGAUGGUGGUACUCCAUUAAAACUGUCAUCAUGAAGAUCAGACCUGCUGAAUUUGAACCAAAUGCUGUUUGAAUUUGUAGCAAAUGUACGGUCCUAUUUUAUUAACUCAGUUAACUCUGAAAGUAUUCCAAGUUAAUUUUUAACUUUGCAUCCCUUCUGCCCAUAUUUUACUGUAGUAUCAGGCAGGCUAAAGGGAGGUUAUUAUUAUAUAUUUAGUUAUAAUCAUGUAUCAAUUAAAAACACUGCUUCUUUUUUAAUAUUGACUUUAACAAUGGAAUGCAAAUUCAGUUUAUAUUUUUAGUUCAUCACAAUGCAACUACUGGUAUUUGCUUUUGAUAUUGUCAUACUUUUUAAAUGCCCUUGUUUAAUUAAAGCUUACAGCAUA